CUCAGCCCGCAGUCCCCCAAGCGGAGGAGGUGCAAUCCUCUACCGGGGACUCCGACUACUCCUUCCCCGCAGAGGUGCAGUCUUCGCCCGUCAACAGAGAGCCCGUCACACUCGAUGUCGCCCCAGUCUAUGGGUGGAGAACACAGGCUAACUCCAGAGCAGAUCUUCCAGAACAUUCGUCAGGAGUACAACCGUUAUCAGAGGCGACGGCAGUUGGAAGGGGCCUUUAACCAGACUGAGCCCUGCAGCUCCACUGAUAUCCAGAGCUCCAGUCCGGCCCUCACCUCCCCCAGCUCUCCCACAGGUGCCUCAUCAUUGAAGAAGGAUCAGCCACUGUUCACGCUGAGGCAGGUUGGCUAUUUGUGCGAGCGCCUUAUUAAAGAUCAUGAGGAGAAGAUGCGCGAAGAGUAUGAACAGAUACUGAACACAAAGCUUGCAGAACAAUAUGAGUCCUUUGUGAAAUUCACACAGGAUCAGAUUAUGCGAAGAUAUGGCGCCAGGCCUGCAAGCUAUGUGUCUUGAGGAACAUUAUAGAUGGUACUAGCCACCCCUCAGCAGCUGGUUGCUGUAGAACCAGCUCCCUUCGUUUCACUUGAAAUUUCCUCAUACUUUUGAUUCUCUAUUUUUCCCUUUAAAAAUGCUUGGGUGCUAUGGUCUAUCCACAUUUAACUCAUUUCUUUUGCUGAACUGUUACUUAUGGCCCAA